AUGGAUCCAGCAGUAUCAAAAAGCGGUUAGUUUGGAAACAUUUAAAUUAAUAUAUCUAAAGUAACUUUAAUCGUCCGUGGGCACACAAUAAUGCUGAUUUUCUUACUUCGCCGAUCGAUACUUUCCAAGGAAGCAAAAUAAAUCAAUUUAACGUCUGUCUUUGGUGUCAAUUGUGCAUAAUGGUAAUUUAUCGAUACGGCCGCGAAUCAGUCUUGAUAACAUUUAGACGUCUAGAUCGAGACAGUUGUUAGCUCGUUUUAAUUUGAGGGCUAGUGCAGGGCUAGUUAUCUAACGGGUUGACGGGGCAUGUGUGAUGUCAGUCACGCGAAAGAAUUCCGGCGCAGAGAAAUUGUCACCAAGUGUCGGCCAAUCGCAAGACUAGCCCGCGACCGAGCGAACGGGCUAGCGUUAGGCGACUAAAAUAUUAUCAUCCCAGAUAUAGAUGAUUGGUAGUCGUUGCAACGAUUUAUUUUUCUUUAUUUUGCCGUUUCGUUUAUUUGUGAUUCAAAUCGGUUUGAAGGUGUUACUGACUGCCCAUGUGGUUUCCCCAAGUUUUUACUUCAUGUUAAGCAUAUGGUGAGUACAAAUCCUCAUAUGAGGAUUUGUACUCAGACGAUUUUGCAAUCUUGGUAAAUGUAGUCACACACACUAAGAAGACUGCAUCUUGGUUAAGUCAGACGUUGUUACCACUAACUGAAAUCGCUCGCUACUCUGCCUCGUUGACCAAAACCUACAAUUUCAGGUAAGCAUUUAAUUUUCCGCAAACGAUGGUUCUAAGCAGACUCGAAAAAAUCGUCACAGAUUUUCGACGUUCACAUACUAGCUCAUAUUCAAAAAUAGAUUUAGGGUCGAAUUCGGACCUCCGCAUGUUAAGAAGUGCCCCUGUCUUGGCACUGAGAAAUUAUAGUCGAGCAAUGAAUCAGAAAACCGACAAAUACUCCGUAUAUUCAGCGCUAACACUGAAUUUAGAAUUAUGCAGGUCGACAAAGCAAAUUCAAUUCGUUUUGCUUUAAGGCGAAAAUUCGACAUGAAAAAGUGGAGAGACUAAACAAGCUGAUUUAAAAGGAAAUUAGUAUUAAGGCUUAAGAAGUUGAUGUGUCUCCCGACAUGCGUUUCUAUUAAUGCAAAUCUACUCGGUUUUACAAGUCAUCGAAACCUUACAGCACGCCGUGCGAUGCUAUAUACUUGAUCAGUCAUUGAUUAAGCACUUACUGAUGCCAUAAAUCUAGUAUGGUUUGCAUAAGUCCUGUUUCUACUGUUAGGACUUUGACACAAGUUAGCAGAAGUCUCAGUUCACUAAGUGCGCGAAUGUUUUCCUGCACAAAAUCCAAAGUAUGGAGGUCUGUCGUUCUAGCACAUCCUCUGCAUGUUUUCUGCUCUCUGUAGAUUUCAAAUGCUUGUGGUUGGAUAUCGAGAAAAGUUGUUCUGUAUUUCAUGUUUAUUAGGGUCUCACUGUUUCAAACAACUGGUUCAACAAUAAUUGCAUGGAGCGUCCGUAGAGAAUAUUCAAAUAAAAUUUCACUCAGCUAAGCCAAGACUCGUAUACACUACCGUAUUUGAUGACGGAUUCAUGCACCGUUCCUAACUCGUAGGCAACUGCACGGAGCGUCUCAUUGUUUGAGUUUUUCUUAUCUGUAUGCAUUUGUUUAUCUAGCUCCGGAACACGAUUCAUCCGCUCUCGGCUCUGAGUCGUGUUUUGCAUACUGCGAAAAGUGCCGAUGUGAUGUCUACACCCAACUGCAGCAUGAGACUGGAAGGCGGACAAUUCUAUCUUGUGUGUUAAUAGCUAUGUUUGGGUAAGCGAAACAACAAUUUUCUGAAUAUGGCUUCUGCAGUUUUUAUCCACAUCGGAGACUUUUAUAUAGACUAAUUUAUGAUUAUCCUUGUCAUUAUUACCAGCAGAGUAGCCCCCCAUUACCACUUCAUCACCAUCGUCAGCAUAGUCGUAGGCUCCACCAAUGCCGUCGUUGCCAGCAGGUUCAGCCGACAUAUUUUCAAAAGCCUCAUAAGUAUCCAUAAUAUCACUAAGAAACUGUACUUCGAAUUCUAAACGCACUUCAAACUGACCCCAACUGCAUGGAUUUUGAUAUUAUUGCAUUUACAAUCACCAGUUAAACGAGCAGUUUAGAGGGGAAGAGCAUCAUUCUUCACAUCCUCUUAAGAUACCAUAUUUUAAAGUCCCUGUAAUCGACAAUAUGGAGGGUUUUAGCAGAAAUAAUCAAGAAAAGUAUGUUAUUCCAUGUCCCGCAAGGUAAGAUCAAACGCUUUGUGACUUCAUCCAGAACGGGGGCGCAAAUACCUGACUCUCUGGGGUUUUCAGUAAAAACAGUAACGUAAAUUGACACGCAGCAGUUUAAACUUUAAUGCUUUUAUGGACACCUGCUCAUAGCUGCGCUAUCAACAAAACAAAAAUAAAUAGCCGUCUGAGCGGGAAUCCAUAGGGACACAAAGAUCAAUACCUUCAAUAUCAGGUCACAUAAUUCUAGGAAUUUCGUUGUGUAGUUUCCCAACACACAAUUUUUUCUGAGAAACGUUGUGGAAGAAGGAGACAUGUAAACUGUGACAAGUGUUUUAUCCGCUUGAUGUUUUGAAUGCACAUUUGAAUCUAUCACCAGAGACUACAUCAGACGGGGGAAGUUUGUUAACCUUUUAUUGAUUUAUCACACUAUUGUCAAGGGAAGGAUGAGAUGGAGAGUAUAUUUGUUUUCAUCAAAGUGCUACUGAGGUCUAGAUAUGCUAGAAACAACGAAGAUCGCCUUACUAAGUCGAUCUGAAGUAUUCUACCGAAAUGACAUCGCAUUUGCAUUUUCCUCCCGUAUACACUUGGGAUUUUUAAAUUUAAAUCACAUAUGAACUUAUAUCUUGCUCAUAUCACUGCCGGGUUCACUUGUAAGGGAGCAGCUCCAAGACUGAGUCCCUGGUUGUGAAACUUGAGGUCCGAACACAUCAUAAAGGCUUGGAAUAGAGAACAGACAGAAAUUACCCUCUAGGUUAUCAGCAUAACGCAAGUAAACGUUCCACCUAUCAAGUGGUCACGACAGACGUUUGAAAAUUCGACCCAGCCCAUAGUUUUUCCCAAAGCGUACUUCAAAUUACAAUUGGUUUCAAACUUCAAUGCCAGUGAAGCUGCGUCCAAGUAAAAUAAAUUGGAGAACUGUUAUUAGCUUGACGCUAAGGCCAUUGUGGCGCAUGGACCGCCCACUCUUCGACCCCUCAAAGUUGGGCCACGUUAAAAGAACGGCUGAUCUCCGAAAGGGUGCACAGUUUGGCUUAUAAAGUACUAUUUGUUAGCUAAGUAAUUCGGGCAUGGACGCAACCUUAUACCAGUUUUUUUCCGUAAGAGGUAUGCGCAUAUAUGUUUGUCACACGUGGCGUUCAGUAAUCCCUGCUUCUCAAUUAACAAACCUAGCAGUCAACCCAUAAAAAUAUACAAAGCAGUUUUGUGAUCAAUAAACAAACUGCCGUCCAAAAUGUGGACGCCAGCAAGGCUGAAUCUUCAGAGAGUUAUGUGAUCUGAAAUUGCUACAGAAGCCUUUGCAGUGUCUAAAGUCCGUCGUCAUUUGUCUAAUUUCAUAUACCUCACGUGGAUACGGGCAUGAAAGCGGCAAAACCGGCUAAUUCUUGAUUGUUCUCCAGCUGUACGCCUCUUUUUGCGUCGUUCCAUCAAAACCAUCCUUAUUUCAGGGCAUUGAACUUUGCUCCGAUAGGUACACCCUCCUUGUGUGCAUUUUCAGGCGUUUGUGUAAUGUGUACUUUUUGUCUAAACGCAACAGCAUAGUUAGCAUGCCUCUGAGACUUGCGGUGGACUCGCACAGAACAGGCGACGAAAUACCAACCGGGCAGAUAAUACCAAAGCGGCUAUGCAAGACGUUAAUGUUAAGCGAUGUAGGAAAUCCCCAUAACUAUAUUCAGAAGACAAAAUGGCGAGCGAGCGUUGCUUUCGAUAACUUCUCCUCAGGCCAGUACAGUUAAACGGGACGUGGUACAGUGAGUGAAAAAAUCGAGAAAAGUUAGUUUCAAAUACAGGCUAGGAAAGAGCGGAAGGGUGCAGAAAGUUGUAUGUGGUUAGUCAACCUUUGACCACGGUAAGCGCCACAUUUUCGAGGUCAUUGCAUGUGGAGGACCAAACAGUUUUCGCGUCAUUCUUAGACUGUACCCCGCCCUAUGUAAUUGUAUUGGCCUGAUGAGAAUUUACCGAAAGGAACGUUCACUCGCCACUCUCUCUUCUGAAUAUAGUGAUGGGGAUUUUCACACAUUUAAAACAGUCCAAAGACCCCACGGUGUUAAAGGCACUCAAUGGGUACCUACGUUUUAACACCAAGCUUGCGGAGGCGAAAGUGAUGGCCAAGUUUAUCGGGGACUGUAUUGAGAGAAAUGAGUAUCCAGACCAUUAUUGGAGAGCGCUGCGUCGUAGUCGCACAGUUAUUACCACAGAAACCCUGAAAAGAUAUGCCGAGAAUCAACUGGAGAGUACCCUCGUAAAAUUAGAGGAACUUGAGCGUCAUGUGUGUCAACGCACAGCCGUCCUAGAUAUCCUGGCAGAUGAGGAAAGACAAGAAUUCGACAUGUACACUCAGUCCAUUGAAAAGAAACGUGGAGAGGCAAAACGCUCUGCUCUUCUUAGGAGUUUACAUGAGAUGAAAGCCCAGUCACGGUUUCCGAAAGACCCAGCUCGGUACGUACACAACUACUCUUAUAUGACACUUGAUAAAACAUCACUUGAAGCAUUAUCCCUUGGUCCGAAAUUUUGCACACCUCGUCGAAAAGUAAAUCAGUUAGAAUUGGAAACGCAGUUCGAGAACCUCUGGAACCAAACAUUCGAUCUAUUGCCCGUUUCCACAGACAGUAUCCAACACUUCAAAUCCACACUAGUGAAUUGCAGCUACCAAUACCUAAACAAAGGACCAAAAAGUCGAGGAUUACUGACAAAAGCACACGUGGAAAAAUUAAAAGAACUUCGAGGGAACAAAGAGAUCUUGGUAACUAGACCUGACAAGGGAACAGGCGUCGUCAUAAUGAACAGAUCGGACUACGUAGCGAAGAUAGAGUCCAUACUAUCUGACCAGAAGAAAUUCAGAAAGACAGAUAAAUAGAAGGAUUGCACGGAUGACGCAGAGGCGAAAUUGACUGACUGUUUAAGAAGGCUCCACACAGGAGGUCACAUAAGUGACCAUGACUUCGAACACCUCCGGCCAGUCGGGACACAUAUUCCCCGAUUAUAUGGUCUACCUAAGAUCCAUAAGGAAGGCCUAAGGGUUCGUUUAAUUUCAGACAUGCGGAACUCUCCGUAUCAUGCGAUAGCUAGGUGGUUAGCAGGGAAACGCAAGCCCAUGCACGCACCACGCAACUACCGAGAUAUCUUUCAAUUCAUUGACGACAUUAAGGACCUCAACGUUAACGGCAUGACGAUGUUCUCACUGGACGUCACAGCUCUUUUUACAAACGUCUCGGUCACCGAGACAGUUGAUUACAUCUGUGAUUUUCUACCUGUCAGUCAGCAAGAAAUAGGAAUACCGACGAACACACUCAAGGAGCUGUUACUAAAGGGCACACUAAAUGUGCAGUUCCUUUUUGGCCACCAACUCUAUAGACAAAUAGACGACGUCGCUAUGGUCUCGUCUUUUGGACCUCUCUUAGCUCACGUCUUCAUGGGCAAACCGGAGAGAUUUCAACUAAGCGAUCAGAGGCGGGACCCAAGACGUUGAUUUCUGUGGUCGAGAUACAUGCAAGAACAACAGUCAUAUGGGACAAGAUAUGCGAUGCUGCCACCUCGAUCGACUACUUGUAUCGUGACAUGGCUGCCCGAGGUGACGACAGUGAGAGAUAUCAAUGCGCCCUAAUUUGUUUGAUAUUGUUUUGAAGGUUACUUUCAUGUAGAGCAAUUCAAAUGCUUUCUUGGUCUCUCCUGUGCCCUCUACGCCUUGUUUUGGUCUCUGACUGUCCCCUGCGAGACAACUUUGAACUAGAUUUGAACACAUUACUUAGCUAGCCCAGCCUCAGAUUUAGAGAGUCUUGAAUGUUUAGCAGCCCAAAGUUGCUGUGGAAGAGCGCAACGGCACGAUCGUUUCUAUAAGCCAUAGGACGUCUAAUUCUAUAUCUCGAGAUUUCAGAACUGAUGUAUUUUUGUUCAUUUCCGCUGUGAGGCCUUUUUUGCAGUCCUUGCAAACUCACACAUCAAUGUAGAAUGAGACCAGUCAGGGAGCUGCUGUGUUUGAAUUGUAUUAACGAGAAAGUAUUGCUCAUCGUUUGAUGGACGUGGUCAUCCUCGUUCCACUUGACGACGGCAACGGUCGCGUUGACGUCGCGCAUAAAAACCUUUUGUUCAAGUCCUGUUAUGCCCAAGGCGAUUCCGGCACCACAAAACUAGUACUUAAAAGGGUCCUGCUGUCGAGACCAGGUCCGCUAUUUGGGUUGAUAUUAUUCGUCCCCUCGACUUCUGUGCACAUUAGAGAAGGUUAAGAGAACAUCUUAUUGGUCAUCCAAACCGUCCAGGUAGGAGACCGCGACAGCAUCAGUAUAUACACAUUUCUCACGGAUGCGCCAUCGAACACUACACUUAUUGAGGUAAUCUACUCUAGCCACACCUCUCUUCCCUACUCUAUAUCCGCGUUGUAUGAAUGCUGAUCGUACCUUCCUUUCAUUCCAGUUUCUUUGUUUGGAGAGGGUUUUUAAAACGUCCAACACCCAUUGUUAUGCUGUCACUUUUUAUUUUAACAUUGUCACAAAAUAUCUAGUCAAGGGUCUGGUUUAUGGCCGAGGUUACUUAUUCGGGAGUACAUUUGUAUUGAGCGAAAGAGCUGAACAUCAAUGAAGUUUGUGGUAUCACAAAGUCUGAUCCUCCAUAUUGUCACUAAUAUGAAGGGGACCCAGUUUUUACCAUUUAAUAAUACCAGUAAGCGAAUUUAAUGCCUGUUUCAGGCAUUGUCAAAAAGGCAUUGAAUGGCCGUAUUUUUACUCCGAUGACUACUUAAAAGUAUCUUGAACAUUUUGAGGCAACAGCCACGGCAAGGUCUUUUAAUUUUUUCUUUGGCACUUACAAAUGAAUAUUGCCGGUUAUUUUCCUUCAUCACAAUUGCUGCCCGGAGUAAAUGGCCUCGGUCAUAAACCAUACGCUUGCCAAGUCUAUUACCACAGACUUACCCAGGCGAAGAAUUCAUACUUAUAAAUCACCGAUAGGCCUCUAGUUAGGACUGACCUUCGGAAGAGACAUAGUUCAUUUUCAAUUCCACCCUGACAAGAAGAGUUGUGCAAUUAGGGCGAUAUCUGCAUCAAAAUGAGAUGCUCCUUUGCACUAACAAGAGUAUGCCAAUGCAUAUGGCGUUUGCUUGAGAGUCAGCUACACGUACUGCAGAGUACAAUACUGAAAGCUUAAGCAAACUUCCUAUGUAGUUCUGCAGCGUAAAAGCUGUCUACCUUUUCGAUGUGCAAACCGCUUCAUCUGCGAAAUGCCAGAAUUUAACAGUUACCUCCUUCGUCGAAUUUCAGGGGAUGCCUCUUCUGCUUCCUUAUCCCCUGGUGUGUAGACUCCUGCCUCGAUGUUAAUCACAUUUGUCCUACUUGCGGAAACAGCCUCGGUGUCUAUCGUCGUCUAUAA